AUGAGAGGACUGAGGGAUGAGGAAGCUGAUCCGGAAAUGUGGGACACAGUCGCGGGUGGUGAUUCUGAGGAGGAUCAAGAUGGCGUUAGGACCAUGUAUGAUCAUAACUUCAUUCAUGACAGUGGUGCUCAUCGAUAUGGAAGUGACAAUGAAAACUCUCCAAGUCGUGCUCCCCAGGCUGAAGAAGGAGAAGAAUAUGCAGAAAUAAACGAGUUCUUCAAAAUUGGCAAGAAAAGAAAGAAAACUGAAAAAAGUGCUGCCGAGGUUGCUCUCCUCGUUGAAAGUGUUAUGGCGGAACUGGAGGUGGUUGCCGAGGAAGAUGCUGAACUUAAUCAGCAGGGAAAACCUGCCAUAAACAAAUUGAAGAAGUUAUCCCUUCUCACAGAUGUCCUAUCAAAAAAACAACUCCAGCAAGAAUUUCUGGAUCAUGGAGUUUUGACUCUCCUGAAGAACUGGCUCGAGCCUCUACCUGAUGGGAGUUUGCCAAACAUCAACAUCCGUGCUGCAGUUCUCAGGAUUCUGUUUGAUAUUCCAAUUAAUUUGGAUCAGUUUGGUCGAAGAGAACAAUUAAAGAAAAGUGGCAUUGGAAAGGUCAUUAUGUUUUUGUCGAAGUCAGAUGAGGAGACUACAGACAACCGGAAACUUGCUAGAGAAUUGGUUCACAAAUGGAGCCGUCUAAUUUUCAACAAGAGCACAAGGUUUGAGGAGAUGAAGAACUUUGAGGAUGAAAGAGUUAUGAGGCGGCCUACUCUCAAAAAGGUGAUGAGUAAAGGAUCAGGAAUGCCAUCUGCAGACUAUGACAUUGAUUUAUCAAAAGAAUCUCCCAAGGGGUUAAAAUCUGCCCAUUCAUCAUCUAAUCAGCAUGCUUCUAGGCCAGAAGCAAUGUUGAUGGAUUUUUUGGUCCGUCCUCAGUCCAAGGUUGAUCCAGAUGUAGUGAGAGCUCGGGCUAAACAAGUGAUACAAGAUCAGCAUCGUGCGAAGAUGAACACGAAGCUGCAGCAGUUGAAAGGGCCAAAGAGAAAGCAGCUACAGGCUACAAAGCUCAGUGUUGAAGGCCGUGGUAUGGUGAAAUAUCUCUAGCUAUUGUAA